GAUUGCCAAUAUAAAAUGGAAGUGAUUUCAAAACUUCUCAUGUUUGCAGAAGAAAUUACAUUGAUAAAGAUGAAGAAGUUUGUGAUUCUUGCAGCGUUUUUCACAUUUUCAUUUGCUGCUGAGUUCCAGGAAAAUGGUUUGGAAAUUCAGUUGGACAGAGAUCUGGCAGACACAUUUUUAAACGAAUUCGAAGAAAAAUUGAAGUCCAACAAUAAUGGUGAAAUCAUCGCAAUCUGUAAUGAAUAUGCCGAUAAACUAUUUGUUGAUAUUGGAAAGUUUGCAGUUUCUCAUGAACUGGACCCAGUGCCACUUCCGGACAUGAAUGAGCAUUUUCUAGGAUCAUCGAUCUCUUUAUCCAAAGGGCAUUUGAACGGCAUAUCAACCAUCAAGAGAUACAAUGACGUGAAAUUAUCCUACCAGCAUUCUCUGAAAAAGUUGACUAUGGAACUUCCUAUUAUAUUCUCGAACCUUAACUUUACCUACCACUACCACAUAAUCCUUCUUCUUGUGGGUCCCGAAGGAGGUAUGACAGGAAAGAUUGAAAAAUUCAGUAUAAAAAUAAAUAUGGAAUUUGACUUCAAUACAUACACGGCCAAAGCAAACGAUGUCAAAACUACCAAUAGUGGUUCUGUCGAUUUGACAUUCGAUGGACAAGGGAUCAUCGACUGGGCUCUGGAUAUCAUUUCAAAGUUUGUAACGACGAUCCUGUACCCUAUCAUACUUGGAGUUAUCGAAGGAAUCACCAAAGGCAUAACCAACAACAUUGUAGACAGCGUCAACAAACUCAUCGAUGCCAUAAUACACCACCAUUCAAAUGUGACAACUGAAGCGUUCUAUUAGAAAUGAAUUCGUCAUUGAAUAAAUCAGAGUACUCGUGCAACGCACAUUUGCGAAUGUAUUUUGUAUUUUUGAUGAAUUUCAGGGAGUCUUGUAGUGAUAAGUUGUAUUAGAAUAGAUGAUUACGAUGUUUGGAGAUUAUAUUUCCGAGAAAUUGGAAUCAUUAUAGGAGAUUGCAGGAGAUUAUUGCA